CUUUGAUGCGCUGCUCGCUUCCGUCGCCAUCUUCGGCUCUCAAACAAGCUUGUAAACAACGGUGACAAAUUCGCGCGAUCAAGAGAGUUUUAGAUGGAGAAAGAAUAAGAUGUGAAAAAUAAAAAAAUUAUGGGAUAUAUCAAUAGAAUUUUGUGUAUAUUUUACCGGUAAUCUUUGUCAGUCACAUGUGUCACAUUUGACUCUACCGCCAUGAUGGAUUUCACGUGAUCAGCGCCAACUGGAAAUACCGCCAAAAUACAUGAAAGUUCGAUGAAAGUUGUUGCCUGCUCCUGAAAGAGGCUGCGGCUGGACAUGUUUCUUCAAAGUAUCACAGAAGCCCAAAAUUUCAGAUCACCUAAAUGCAAUCUACACAACGAUUCAUUACAUCAGAACGAUUAAGAUAUAAGCUUUUAUUGCAAUUUUACAGAUGGAUUUCGAUGUUAUCUUCGAUUGCAGUGGUAAAGUGAAUAUCAAUGAUUGGCAGUUGAGCAGAGGUGGUCUAUUACGUCACAACGAAGUAGACAAUGUGCUUUUUCCACAAACUGACUAUCCCUUUGCCCACACAGAAGUAAAGCUCUUUGACUGUGUCAUGCCUGGAGCUGUGGCUAUGAUGAAUCUUGGACAUUUUACUAAUUGCAUGGAGAUGCAAUUGAAAAUAUUGAACAGAUUUGAAAAACCAGCUACAAUAUCUAAAUCACACAAUAAUGAUAAUAUAAAUUAUCUUUCUAUUAGGAGAAUGAUUUGUGAAUUUAUUUUAUAUGUUCGUACAUAUAUGAACAGCAUAAAAUGGGAUCUCAAUGCAUUAGAAAUGGUAAUACCUGAAAUAAAUAAAGAUGUGGACACUUUAUUUGACUCCAUAAAGCGCUUUCUUAAUACACUACAUGGUAUGCCAGAUUCAAUUCUACAUUGUGCUGCUUCUAAUAUAGGCAAUAAGUGUAAUCAAAUAGAAUUUCACUUGUAUCAUAUGCAUAUAGAAUUAAGAUGGUUUUUUAUAACACUGAUACAUUCAAAAACUAUAUGGUAUCAAUAUCAAAUGCAUACAUUGCUAGAAGAAUUUGAGAAUACUACUGAAAUGGUUAUUAAUGAUCUUGUGCACUUUGGCUUAAAAGUAUUUGAAAGGUUAUUCUCAAACUGGAAUAUGAAUUUUACACAAAAAUCACCAUACUGCUGCACAUGCACACGAGAAUUGUGGCUCAUGCUUCAAAUAUUUAUUGAUAGUUUAGAAGAAAGGAUGAAAACCAAGACAUUUUGGGAUCAUGUAAAUAGUUGCGUUAAUAGAGUAUUAAAUAAAGAUCGGUCCCAAAAAAUAUUUUGGCACAAUGGUAUGGAUUCCUUUCUGCCAGAUUGUAAGAAUCCUGAACUGUUUUGCAUCUGGAUAAUACAUCAUUUAUCUUUGUUAUAUGGAUACAAUACAGAUGGUGUAUAUUUGCAAUAUAAUUCACCAAGGAUUAAAUCCAAUUGUGAACAAGUUGAAAAGAUUUUGAAAAUCUAUGUGUGUAAAGGUGGAAAGGAUGGUGAAAGGGACGAAUUUGAUACUGAACUCAAGAUCAUAAUAUUACUAUUGUACGACCUUAUUAUUAAUUGGUGGCAACCACGAGUCUCAAUAAUAUCUUUUCUUUGGGACUGUUUCCAUAAAAGAUUGAACCAAUCAUUCUUAUUACAAACUUCCGGGCCUUGGGCCUUAUCUUUUGAAAAAAAGACUACUGCAGAUAUUCUGAAACAAAUUAAUGACAGAAUUUGUGGAAAAUUUGAACAUUCUAAGGAAUCUAGCUAUAGCAUAUUCUUACAUUUAGUAGGCACAUUUUUAAAGAAACAUGGCAAAACGGAUCCAAAAUAUUGGAAUCAAUUUAAAGGGCGUGUGUACACAAAAUUCUCAAAAAAUAAAAUUGCAGAAUUGUCUGAGAAUGGUCUCUACAACUUUAUAUCCUUAUUUAUCACUUUAGCAAUUACUGCAGAUGUUACAAAUGUUUGUACAACAAUGCUAGAUCUUUUGCCAUCUACACAUGAAUUAAGCGACGAAUAUAAUAAAAAGAGCAAUUUAAUCUGGAAAGGGAAAUUAGUAUGUCUUCUAUUAUUUAAUGAAAGAAGAUUAUCUCUUGCCUCUAUAGCCAGCUAUUUUACAGAAACAAUCAAUUUGAUAAGCUGUCGUAAAGAUGAAACAUCUCGUUCUAUGAUGACCAGUUUCGUUGACGUUUUAAAUACAAUUUUAUCCAACAAUGACAAAAUGGAUUUAGGAGAGCAUCAUUUCAUUAGUGGUUGGAUUGAUCGUUAUCUCUUGGAAUGUCCAAAAAAUAGGAUCGGAUUUUUACUGGAAAUGCUCGCCAAUGUUUUUAAUAAAUGCAUCAUCUUGCAAGUUUCUUGUAACAAUUCGCUUGUUAUAGAUGGUGUCAGGAAAAUGUUAGAUGCACUAUGGUGUUUUGUUGCUUGUAGAAUUCGUCAACUUGUCUUUGAUCCCAUUCUUAUCGGUGACAAUUAUAAAAUUAUUUCCAAACUAGCUGUCAUAUUUACAUUAGAAGCAGUUCGAGAGCCUGCUACUGCUAAAAAAUAUAAGCAUUCAGCUAUAUCUUUAUUUCAACAUUUUGCUGCAUCAAUAUUUUUAAAAGAUAUAAGAAUUACCCAAUAUUAUUUAGUAUCUAUUCUUGAAAAUGAACAAGCUGUACAAAGCUUAAAGAAAGAAAUUCCAAAUUUCGAUAUUAUUCUUAUCCAAGCUUGGAUAAAAUGUUCUAUCCUUGGUUAUGGAACAGAUAAGGAAGAAAUAAAGAUAUUGCAUAAUUAUAUUGCUGAUCUCAAUGACAUCAAAGAAAUAUUCAUGUCGGAUUAUGAUCUGCAUGAAUUUAAAAACAAUGAUGAACCUAUUUUGACAUUUAUAAUAUCAUUCAUGAAGAAGCAGAAUGCUUUAGAGUCUGUACAGGAAAAAUUUCAAUACAAUGCAAAAUGUAAGAUGUACUUCAAAAAUGUAGAAAAAUGGGCCUUGCUACCUAUAACAGAGGAAACAAAAGAUUCGGAACUUGCAUUUUGGAUUUACAGAUGCCUCGGAACAUUGAUUCUCUGCAUUUCUCCGAUGCUGUAUACUAAAAAUCAACCAAACGAUAUGUUAAGAAUGCUUAUCAACAAAAUUAUCUUAGUACCCGAGAACUCUACGCAUAUAUAUAUAAAACAAUUGGGGAAAAAAAUAUUCUCAAUGAUAAUACUUGGUUUGGAAAAAUUAAAUGUCAAAGGUGACAUAUUACUGCAAGCGAUGAUCAGAGAUAUCUUUGAUCAAUAUUUGCCAAUUUUGAUAACUGAAAUUAACAAUGGUUGCAGUUUUAAAGUUUCUGAUAUGUUGCUAAAAUGCUUUAAGGAAGCAAAAUCUGAAUUUCUGCGUUCGAUUUUCGAAAUGCUCAUGUCGAAUUUUUACAAUAUAUCAUCUGACAAUGUCAUGCACAAACAUUCAAAUUUGAUAACGUGGCUUAUAAAAACAUUGCUUAAAGAAGGAAGAAAAUAUCCUAAAUAUAUCGCAGAACACAUCAUCCAAGUUUGUUCUCCAAAUAUCUUUGGAUGUUACAUGAAGAUUCAAGAUCAUCAUCCACAUAAGCUGCAUACAAUUGAUUUUAUUAAUGAUGUAAUUAAAAAUCCGUACUAUGAGGAAGAUAAAUUGAUCAGAGAUAAAUUCCAGAGUGCCAUUUCUGCUGCAGUGCAAAAGUAUUUAAUACUGAAUACACAAUUUACGUUUGAGUUUAUGCGAUCUGUCCUAUCUAUAAAAAAAAGUAUCAUAAUCAAUUUGUUUCCACAAAUUGAAGCCAUCAUCCUCCAUGCAGAACAGUUUCAUCGACCUAAUGCAAUAUCCUUGAGGUUCAAAUGGAAUCAAUUGAAAAAAUAUAUGCUGAAUAUGGAUGAUAAUUCGCAAUAAGAUUACACAAAUAUAUUAAUAA